AGCAGUAUUUAUUAGCAGCAGUCUCCUCCUACUGUCACUGCCUCAGGGUCCGGCCCUGCGAGUGUUUAGUCGGCGUGCCGCUGGAAGGAGACAUUACCGACAUUUUCGUGGUUGACAGCCGGCCGGAGACACCUCUCCGUAUUUUUAUCUCCAAAGCUCAGCUCGGUGUUACUGUUUGGUGUCCACGCAGAGCAGGACACAAAUAAACACCAGCAAGACGGUCCGGGUUUGCUCCGUAAGGAGUAACCAGAUCUGAGGGGAAGCAGGCCCUGCCCUCCCUGAUUGCCCUGAUUGGAGAGGAAAUCACGACUACAGGUCCAGCCGUGCGCAGUCGUCCUUGCCUUCACCAUGCAGAUGUCCUUCCUUGUCCUUCUGUCCCCGGUCUUUCUCCUUUCUCUCCUCAUUCCCUCCUCCUCCUCUCAGAGUGAUUCAGACCUCAUAGUCCAGACCCGUACUGGAAGAGUCCGCGGUAUCCGCUUGCCGGUGCCAGAUCGCAGUUUUGUCACCUCCUUCCUGGGUAUACCCUUCGCUGAACCGCCACUGGGGAAGCGGCGUUUCCGUCCCGCUGAGCCGAAGCGUCCGUGGACAGGGGUGUACGAAGCCAAUGCCUACCCCAAUGCCUGCUACCAGUUUGUCGACAUGUCUUUCCCGGGUUUUCAGGGCAGUGAAAUGUGGAACCCCAACAGGGAGAUGAGCGAGGACUGCCUUUACCUCAAUGUCUGGGUGCCCUCAUCACCAAGACCACACAACCUCACUGUCAUGGUGUGGAUCUAUGGCGGAGGGUUCUACAGUGGCUCCUCUUCGCUGGAUGUGUACGAUGGUCGUUACCUAGCUCACAGUGAGACGGUCAUUGUGGUUUCCAUGAACUAUCGUAUCGGUGCCUUUGGCUUCCUUGCUCUACAUGGUUCUUCUGAGGCUCCUGGUAACGUGGGCCUGCUUGACCAGAGAAUGGCCCUGCAGUGGGUACAGGACAAUAUUCAUUUCUUUGGUGGGAACCCCAAACAGGUGACUAUCUUUGGUGAGAGUGCAGGUGGUGCUUCAGUAGGAUUCCACCUCUUGUCUCCAGACAGUCGACCCACCUUCACUAGGGCCAUCCUCCAGAGUGGGGUCCCCAACUGCCCCUGGGCCUCUGUAAGUCCUGCUGAAGCACGCAGGAGAGCCACACUGCUGGGCAAGCUAGUGGGCUGCAAUGGAGGCAACGACACGGAGCUGGUGGACUGUCUGCGCAGCAAAACUCCACAAGAACUUAUUGACCAGGAGUGGCAGGUGCUGCCGUGGUCGGCCCUUUUCCGUUUUUCAUUUGUUCCUGUUGUGGAUGGUGAAGUUGUGCCCGAUACUCCUGAGGCCAUGCUCAACUCGGGCAACUUCAAAGAUACUCAGAUCCUACUGGGGGUCAACCAGGACGAAGGCUCCUACUUCCUACUGUAUGGGGCACCUGGUUUCAGUAAAGAUAGUGAGAGCCUUAUCUCCAGAGAGGACUUCCUGGAAGGUGUCAAACUGAGUGUACCCCAUGCCAAUGAUAUUGGGCUUGAGGCCGUGGUGCUGCAGUACACUGACUGGAUGGACGAGAACAACGGGAUGAAGAACAGAGAUGCCAUGGACGACAUUGUUGGUGACCACAAUGUCAUCUGCCCACUGGCCCACUUCGCUCGUUCCUACGCCCAGCACAAUGCUCAGAAGGCCAACAUGGGAGGAGCCGGCUCUGGGGUGGUGAACAGUGGAGGAAACUCACAAGGAGGUGUGUACCUCUACCUGUUCGAUCACCGGGCAUCCAACCUGGCCUGGCCAGAGUGGAUGGGUGUGAUCCACGGCUACGAGAUUGAGUUUGUCUUUGGACUUCCACUGGAGAAGAGGCUCAACUACACCCUAGAGGAGGAGAAACUCAGCCGACGCAUGAUGAAAUACUGGGCCAACUUUGCACGGACAGGAAAUCCCAAUGUCAACCAUGACGGGUUGGUGGAGAGCAGGAAGCGCUGGCCUCUGUUCACUGUCAGCGAGCAGAAACACGUUGGACUCAAUACUGAACCACUGAAGAUCCACAAGGGCCUGAGGAACCAGAUGUGUGCUUUCUGGAACCGCUUCCUGCCACGCCUCCUCAACAUCACCGACAACAUAGACGAGGCUGAGCGUCAGUGGAAAGUGGAGUUCCACCGCUGGUCCUCCUACAUGAUGCACUGGAAGAGCCAGUUCGACCACUACAGCAAGCAGGAGCGCUGCACUGACCUCUGAGAGCUUCGACAGCCACAUGAGAGCAUGAUAGGGAAGGGGAAGGCAGAGAGAACAAGCUAUGGCCAUUUUCCUCCAUAGACCCUCAGAGAAGUCUAACUUCAUCCCAGUCCUUUUUGAUCAGUUCUCCGAUUCAGUACACACCCAGACACAGGCACUGUAAUUUCCUUAUUUAUAUUAUUUAUUUUCUUUAUUUAUGUUUUUUUCUGGAGUUGUGUGUGUGUGUCUGUGAAAAUUUAAGGGCUAUGGAGGGAAGUUGUCAUCACUACUGAGGAAUAUUUGAAAUGUCAGAGAUGUGUCAUUACCUCGGGCGUGUGUGUAUGUGUGUUUGUGUGUGUACGUGUUUGUGUGUGAGGAUGUGUAUGUGUUGGAGAACAAGAAUAUGUGUGUGGGGGUGUGGCUUGAAAGCCUCCAGUUUUUUUCUCAGAUCUCAACAGGCCCAUAACAAUGCACCACUGCUGGUUUUAUACUUUUGUCUGUCUGUUAAUCGCAUUUUUUGGGGGGGUUUUUUGGUUUUCGGAAGAUUCCUUUUUUUUUUUUUUUUUUUUUUUUUACUGUAUCAGGGACUUUUUUGGACUCAACAUCACUGUUUAUUUCUGUCUCAAAUCACUACUGUCAUUGUCUGUCAUUUUGUGUGUCACAUUGUCUUAUGUGUUUGUCAUUUGGUAAAGCCAUAACAUGAGUACCUAUCGUUUCCUUCCAUUUGGGUGUAAAUUGUGAGGAUGCUGUCAAAAGGCUCCAUGGAAACCUCAGUGUUCUGUCCCCAAAACCAGUUCAGAAUUGACAA